UUUGGGUGAGCGGAGCCCCUGUUGUCGUGAUUGCAAAGGGAGACCAGGGUCCCAGUGAGCAGCAUCUUGCAGGGCGCACGGAGCUGACCCAUCCACAGCCGCGCACGGGACACGGUACCCGAGCGCAGACGUUUAAAUACACGGGAACUUAGCGCGCGCUGUUUUCUCCUCGGUGGGACCGCAGCUGUAGAAAGGUGGAGUGUUUGUGUUUUGAAUGGGACAAACGGGGACCGAACGACUGUGGACGCUGAAGUGUUUUUUAUUCAGACAGAACCGGAGAGGCGGUCUGCAUGUUUGUUUUGAUCGAUCCCAGGUCUGAAGUGAACGUGGUCUGGCAAUCAGAACUCCUGAGUGCGCCUCGCAGUCAGAGACAUGAACUUUUCUUAUUUAGCGCAGAGAAGAGAGUCGUUGUUGGAUAAGUGAGUGACAGGAGCGGAGUGGAGUCAGGUCUCUGUGUGGUUGGAAUACACGGCUUUCAUUCACCUCUGUGGAUUUCUGCAGACUGAAUCAGUGGAUGUCCACCCGGAACUCUCACAUGUUUUAAAUUAAAGUAGCUUUAAGCUCAGUGUGUGUGUUUAAUGUGUUCAUCCUGAUCCUGAACACCAGUUUGGACUGUAACUGUAGGUUUAUAAAGAAAAUGAGCCUCUAUAUUUUGGCAUUGUCCUGUUUAGUCGCGUGCUCUCUGUCGGUGCGCUGCGGCUCAGUGACCGGGACGGAGACUCAAAGCUCGCCCCAGGAGUCGUGCGCGUCCUGCGGCCUGAGGGCACCGGAUCAGUCGGAACGGGUGAACGUGGACUUUUUGGAGGCGGUGAAGAGGCACAUACUGAGCCGGCUGCAGAUGAGGGACAGACCCAACAUCACCCAUCCCAUCCCAAAAGCUGCGAUGGUGACGGCGCUGAGGAGGCUGCACGCGGGCAAAGUGCGGGAGGACGGCCGGGUGGAGAUCCCCAGCUUUGACGGGCAGGCUGCCUUCAACAACGAGGUCCAGGCAGAGACCUCAGAAAUUAUCAGCUUCGCCGAAUCAGAUGGACACUUGUCCUCCAAGUCCGGGCUGUACUUCCUCAUCUCCAACGAGGGGAACCAGAACCUGUACGUGUCCCAGGCCAACCUGUGGCUCUAUUUCCGAGUUCUGCCCGUUGGUCCUGAGAAAGGUCUCCGGAGGAAGGUGACGGUGAAGAUCCACUACCAGGAGGCCGGGGCUUCGAGUGGCGCAGAGGGAGGCGGCGGAGGAGGAGGAACGCGCCGCUGGGCCCUGGUGGAGAAGCGGGUGGAUCUGAAGCGCAGUGGUUGGCACACCUUUCCCCUGUCGGAGGCAGUGCGGGCCGUGUUUGGGAAAGGAAGCCGGAGGCAGGACCUGGAGGUCCACUGCGAGGGCUGCGAGAUGGCCAGCGUGGCCCCGGUGCUGGUGGACCCAGGCGAUCCAUCCCACCGGCCCUUCCUGGUGGUGCGGGCACGGCAGGUGGAUGGAAAGCACCGCAUUCGGAAGAGGGGGCUGGAGUGCGACGGCACCAGCGGGGGCUUGUGCUGUCGGCAACAGUUUUACAUAGACUUCCGCCUCAUCGGCUGGAACGACUGGAUCAUCGCGCCAGCCGGUUACUACGGUAACUAUUGCGAGGGCAGCUGCCCAGCCUACAUGGCAGGCGUGCCGGGCUCAGCUUCGUCCUUCCACACGGCAGUGGUGAACCAGUACCGCAUGAGAGGGAUGAGCCCAGGCUCGGUCAACUCCUGCUGCAUCCCCACCAAGCUCAGCACCAUGUCCAUGCUCUACUUUGACGAUGAGUACAACAUUGUCAAGAGGGACGUGCCCAACAUGAUUGUGGAGGAGUGUGGCUGCGCCUGAGUCCACCCAGCUCUUCUUCGCUGUCUGAACUCGGAACAGUCAGAAAGGCCUUUUGUACAAACAGGACGUUAUAUAUACGAUAUAUCUAUACCUACUGUAUGAGCGAGCAACACACACACUGGUGCGUGUGUGCGUGCGUGUUGUUUGCACAUGCUUGUGCGAGUGUGUGUAUUUAUCAGACUGCGUGACUCGCUCGCCGUCCACGUUCGUGUUGGCGACUGGGAUGAGAAGGGAAUGAUUAUCACCAAAAGAUAUUUUGCUCUAGUUUGCCAUUUCUAGUCAAAAAUAAUGGCCCAUCAUCUCCUCUGAAUGAAGAUAAAAAGCGCUUAAGGAAAGUGACAGGAUCAGCCAAUGACAUGAUUGGCUUCACCCCCCUCUGCUCCUCCAACCCUCUAAGUACUUUAAGCACAUGACAGACUUUUGUUUUUAGAAAGCACUGACAAUUCAUCAGCUUAUACAAUUCAGAACACCAGCACUUCACUACUAUGCCGACAGACACAGUCUGACUGUCCUCUCUGGUGGAAUUAGACCUGCAGCGCUUAAUGCCUUGCAGGAUUAAACACCUGGCAGCAGCAGCACCAGUGCAGAGUCCUGCACAGAGCUGCUGCUGCUGCUGGCAUUUGACUACGGGCCUCAACCUUGACUUCCUGCCUGUCCAGAGUGCUGCAGGCCCUACUGCCAUGACAACCAGGUGAAGGUAGAUCUCAUAAGUGCACUUGACUCAGACACAGAGAGAACGGCUUCUUCCUGGGCCCCAAGGCUGGGCGCAUGUGGGCCCCUGGACUUGGAGACUCUGGUUUCAGUCCACAGUGCAGUGCAGCACUUGCAGAAACUGAAUGCAUACCCUGAAUAGCACUUGUAUAAAGAAAUGCCUUCCAAGGGGAACUGAGUGUCCUGUCCUAUCACUAAAUAAGUGCCACAUGAGCUAUGCAAUGUAUAGUAACCUAUACCCAUACUCCACAUCCUCUAUUAGACUGAAUGCUCUCUCCAUCUCUCUCUCUCUCUCUCUCUCUCCUCGUCUGUCUCUUCAGUCCUCAACUCUUUAUCAAUACUUGAAAUGUAAUCUUUCGCUUCCUUUCCAAAGCGAAUGAUUGUUGUGACGUUUGCACUGAAAAGUUGCAGGAUUAGUGAAACAAAAACUGCCAUUGAAAUGUUAUUUUUAUAGAAGUAAAAUUGAAUUUUGUUUCAAAUGUAUUUUAAUUAAUGUAACCAAAGAGGCCAUGAUAUUUAGUUAUUGUACUGAGAUGGCAAGGCCACUGAGUUACUGUGUACAAUACAUGUUGAUCAUUUUCAGAAGGCCUACCACUGUAUCAGGGUAUGAUAUAUGAUUUUCAUUUCUUAGCUCUAUUUUCAUUCUCUGUUUUGUACAAUAAGCAACACUUCAUUUUUCAUCUUUAAUUCUAUUUUUGUUUCAGUUUUCUAUUUAAUAAGAAAGUUAUUUUUAGUUCCUGUAUAAGAAUCAUUUAGUCAAAUAAAUUUCAUCUGUACAGUU